GGCAGGGCCCUGGAGCGGAGGCCCUCGUGUGUGGCGGCACCAUCUCCUCUCUCGCUGGCUUGGGGUGUUCCCAGUGGCUCUGGGGCUGAUACAGCAGGCAUUGAAAUGGCUCCUGUUUCUCUGGCAGAGUUGUGGGGGCAGAGCCAGCUUUGGCCACACUGCGUUCUAAGGGGCUGUCAUUUUGCCCAGGGAGCUCCUGGCUGGACCGUCUACCCCCGGGGCCAGCACACAUCCCCCCAUGUCCCACUGCAGGGCCCCGAGGCAGGCAACAGCUUAUCAGUCAGUGUCCUUCCUCCUCAGCCCCGGCCUGCAUCUCCAUCGUCCACCCUGCUCCAGCCGCCCCUUGUCCCUCUCCCUGCCCCUGGCCCGGAGCCUCUGGCCCCUCCUGCACUCCUGAGCCUAUCCAUCCAGCAGCGCCCCUCCUCCAAGGCCCCUCUGGGUCGGGGGUGUACACAGUGGGAAGAGGCAGCCCCUGCUGCUCCUCGCCCAGCCUGGUGCAGUGGCCAGAGCCACCCAGGGCAGUGGCAGCAGAAGGGGCUGUCUGAUUAGAAUCAGGGAAGAUAAGGCCCCUGUGUGACCCCAGAGCUGGGGAUGCCAAAACUGCCCCUCCUGCCCCACCUACCUGCUGCUCUGUCCGUCAAGAGAGAGCCCCCGAUUCUGUGGUUCCUUGGUCCCCAGCACUAAGCCUGCCUGACUCCUCACCUGGCUCGGACUGGGCAUCAGUGACACACAGGUCCUGCCUCCCAGCAGCCCCUUCAUGAGCCCAAGGCCCAAGGGCUGGGGUUGGGAGCCCUUUAGCAGGCUGUGACACAGGUGCCUGUCCCUGUCAUUCAGCUGUCACCCUGCAUGGCGCAUCUCAGGCCCCGUUAGCGGAAGGAACCCCAGGUGGAGCUGGCCCCACUCAGGGUCACCCAGCCACUGCCUGCAGGAGGCUGCACUGUGGUGGCCCAACGUCCAGCCCUGCCCAGAGACCCUCUGCUCCAGCUGCAGCCUUUGCCCCUCCUCACCCCUCUCCCUGGUUUCUCCCUGGCACUGCCCUCCAUCUGCCCAGCCGUCCACCCACACCUCUUACUCUGUUUGAGGGUACCCCAAAGAAGAGCCCAUCGCAGCCCAGGGGCUCACAGCCAGCCACUCGAAGGACCCUGCACACAGGCCCCACAGGAAGACCCUCCCUGCCGCUCCCACGGAAUUCGGCGGGUGCGGAAACGGCUCCACAGCAGUGAAAGGCCGAUUUCUGGGGCUGUUGCUGCCCCGAGCUCCCAGCUCAGAUGCUGUCUCUGGCCUGGGACCAGGCGCUGUGCCUCCUGCAGCCCCAGCAGGCACCACAGAGGCUGUCCUCCUCACCCUGUGCCCUCACCCCAGGCCAGCUCCUCCUUUGAGCCGGCACUGGCAGUGCUAAUCUCAAAGGAAUGUGCAGCCAGCCAGUGGCAUCCCAGGGACCCAGGAAGCCCAGCUGAGCCUUGCACAGCACCCAUGGGGUAUGGAGGCACCCCACUGCUGGGCAGGGGGCAUGCAACAGGCCCCCGAGCGUGGGCCCCACACUUGGCCUGGCGCAGCUGCAAGCCAGCCCAGCCACCUUGCUCACUGUGACCCUGGGGCCAAGUGAUGGAAGGUCCAGGCACUGCCACCCUCACGCUUGGCAUGUUGGCUCAUCAGCCUGGCAGGCCAACUUUCCCAGGGGCUAAGAAUAGGUGGGGAGAACGGUGAGGACCGACCAGCCGGGGGCUGUCAACUGAGGGAGGAGGUCAGCGUCUGGGAGGACAGUCCCCCUCCAAGAGCACUGGGCCACCUGACAGGAGGGUGGCUGCCACCAGCACUGAGUCAAGGGUCUCUGGGACCCCGAGAGCUCCCAGCCAGCCAGCCAGCCCUGGGUGACAGGAAAGCCAGCUCCACCAGGGGAGAUGGUGCAGCCCCCAUGACCCUAGUCAAGACCUCCUGGCAUGUGGGGGCUGGUCAGGUGGCCCGAGCUCCCCCUGGCAAAAAGUGGCCCCUCCUGGGGUCUCUUCCCUUCCAGCUCUCUCUUUAUCCGUAGGACUCUGAGGCUCAGAGGAGCAGCUUAACGGGAGAAGGACGCCCCCCAGGCUCUGCCACUCAGCAGCCCCCAGAGGAGCGUGCACAAACACCAGGACUAAGUGGCCCCAGACGUGCAGUCCCUGCCAGAUGUUGGGGGCAGCUAGCUGCCCAGAGGCAUGCCUCUCCGCCCGCCACGCCCACCUGUGCUGCUGCUGCUACUGCUGGUCUGCCAGCCACAGGCCUCCUCCGCUCAGGUGAUGGACUUCCUGUUUGAGAGGUGGAAGCUCUACGGUGACCAGUGUCACCACAACCUGAGCCUGCUGCCCCCUCCCACUGAGCUGGUCUGCAACAGAACCUUCGACAAGUAUUCCUGUUGGCCGGACACUCCCCCAAAUACCACAGCCAACAUCUCCUGCCCCUGGUACCUGCCUUGGCACCACAAAGUGCAACACCGCUACGUGUUCAAGAGAUGUGGGCCCGAUGGGCAGUGGGUGCGAGGACCCGGGGGGCAGCCUUGGCGAAACGCCUCCCAGUGCCAGAUAGACGGCGAGGAGACUGAUGUCCAGAAGGAGGUGGCCAGGAUGUACAGCAACUUCCAGGCGAUGUACUCGGUGGGCUACACCCUGUCCCUGGGAGCCCUGCUCCUCGCCUUGGCCCUCCUGGGGGGCCUCAGCAAGCUGCACUGCACCCGCAACGCCAUCCAUGCCAACCUGUUUGCAUCCUUCGUGCUGAAGGCCGGCUCUGUGCUGGUCAUUGACGGGCUGCUCAGGACCCGCUACAGCCAGAAGAUCGAGGACGACCUCAGUGUCAGCAUCUGGCUCAGUGAUGGAGCGGUGGCCGGCUGCCGUGUGGCCACAGUGUUCAUGCAUUACGGCAUCGUGGCCAACUACUGCUGGCUGCUGGUGGAGGGCCUAUACCUGCACAGCCUGCUGGGCCUGGCCACCCUCCCCGAGAGGAGCUUCUUCCGCCUCUACCUGGGCAUCGGCUGGGGCGCCCCCAUGCUGUUCGUCAUCCCCUGGGCGGUGGUCAAGUGUCUGUUCGAGAACAUCCAGUGCUGGACCAGCAAUGACAACAUGGGCUUCUGGUGGAUCCUGCGGUUCCCCGUCUUCCUGGCCAUCCUGAUCAACUUAUUCAUCUUCAUCCGCGUCGUUCAUCUGCUUGUGGCCAAGCUGCGAGCACGGCAGAUGCACCACACAGACUACAAGUUCCGGCUGGCCAAGUCCACACUGACUCUCAUCCCCCUGCUGGGGGUCCACGAAGUGGUCUUCGCCUUUGUGACAGACGAGCACGCCCAGGGCACCCUGCGCUCUGCCAAGCUCUUCUUCGACCUCUUCCUCAGCUCCUUCCAGGGCCUGCUGGUGGCUGUCCUCUACUGCUUCCUCAACAAAGAGCUGCCUCGGGCAAUUUGCAGGCCACCAGCAGACUGAGGCAGGAAGAAAUGGGCCUGAACAUUGCCAUGAGUCCAGGUGAAGGGGCAGCCCCCAUGCCACACAGAAAGGUCCAGCCCAUGCCAGGCUUUGUGCUACCAUGUGGCGGGUGGGCACCCUGCUUGCCAGCCAGGGAGCACCAGAAGAGAGCUGCCUCUUGUACACAGGAGGUGCUUCAGGGUGGGGGCUCCUAUUGUCUGGGGCACACCCUGAGUCUAAGGUCCCCAGGACCACACAGCAAGGGUGGAGACAAGUCCAGGGUGGAUGCCCAUGAGGUCAGCCCUCCGGGUGGUCCCUGCAGCAGGCGCUGUGAGACCUGCUGAGGUGUGUGCAUGGGCUGGGGAAGGAGCCAGCCAGUUGGCCCUGCUCUGAGGAGCUGCUGGGAGGUGCAGCUGGGCCCUGGGGGAGGGGGUGCUCACAGCCCCUGCAUGGGCCACGUGGGCUGGAGCCACUCAGGCAGAGCCGGACUAAUUGGAGCAAAUGAGGGUACAGGAGGCUGCUGUGGAAAGGUAAAUAGAAUUACUCACCCGCCAGGCACUGGGGCCCUCCUGGGGGGGCCCUCACCCUGCCACCCACCACAGGGCCUGCCUGCAAGCCUCGGGCCCUGUGGUUACUGUGAUUGGUGGGGGCUGCAAGCCCAGGAGACGGUCCCUCCAGUGGCACCUGCUAGAGGCCUGUGGUCUUUGCCCUUAAGACUUCAGGCCAGCUCUAGGCCCCACCAGCCUUAGGUCCUGGCUGUCCUCUGAGCCCUGGACGCCCAGGUGCCCGUGUGGGGACGAGGCUGUUCCAAGUCAGCACAGGGAGGUUGGCAUUCUCCUUCACGCCAGCUGAGCUCAAGGCUGGUAACUGCCCUGGGGAGUGUGCCCCUCACCUGUGGCUUCCUGACAGCCCUCCCCAUCCCGAGUCCCUUUGCCCUUGUCCUCUUUCACCCUUGUCCAGUCCUCGUCCCCAAGGGAACUGCAGCAGGCUGGUGGAGUCCGGCACAGUUGGGGGCCUGGCAGGGGCUGGACUUACCUCUGCAAUACACACUGGCCCUAACCAGGCAGCCCCGCAGGCAGAUAGGUGGAGGGACCCACCUUUUUUUUUUUUUAGAGACAGAGUCUUGCUCUGUUGCCCAGGUUGGAGUGCAG